CCUCAAGAAAGAAAGACACCCACACACUACCCAGUCUACCCUGGUCUUCAAGAUCCCCGUUUGCCAAAACCAACGUCUCCCCCUCUAUAAAGAAUCAUCUGGAGUCAAAGCUACUAUCAAUGAACCUUAAGAACUACUGGUAGAUUCUAUUUCUUUUUUUAUUCCCAAGAAAAUGCAUUCGAAAUUCCUAAACGCUCCUCCAUCCUUUCCAUUAACCCCACAGCACGCCCAUCAAGCUUUCCCGAAAUUUAUUUCAUGUGUCAAGAACUCAUCAUCAUCUUCUUCUUCUUCGUCGUCGUCGUCAGAGAACAAAAAUGGGUUCAAGAUUCUGGGUAAAUCUUUGGCUGAUUAUAAGACGAGGCUAAACGACUUACAUGGCAAUUUGAUGCAAGACCAUAUAAACAUCUGGGUAUCAAAGACGACGAACUUUCUGAAUGAAUUGACUUCUCCACAAGAUAAAAACCCCCCAAUCGAUAAUUCGUACGAGACUGAUGACGUGGAGGAAGUCUUCAUGACAGAGCACACUAUUGACAGCAGAACACCAUCGGGAGAUCUUUCUAUAGUUGCUAUUAUUUCCAUUGAACAAUUUAGCAGGAUGAACGGAUUAACUGGGAAGAAAAUGCAGACGACAUUUAAAGAGCUUGUGCGUGAAAGUGUGUCUAGUAAUGCUCGUAAUUUGGUGGAGUAUUGCUGCUUUAAGUUCUUGUGUAGAGAUACUUCAGAAAUUCAUCCUUCCCUUAAGGAGGCAGCUUUUCAAAGACUGAUAUUUGCAACCAUGCUCGCAUGGGAGCAUCCUUACAGAAACAGCAAAGACGAUAAAGUUCCAUUUCAGAGGAAGCUUGUAGGAGAAGAGGCGUUUGUUCGCAUUGCUCCUUCUGUUUGUGGGGUAGCUGAUUGGCCAACUGCACAUAACCUUUUCAAGGCUCUUUCUGGUGCUCAAAAAGGCAUCUCAUUUCGUGUGUGGUCAACAUAUGUCAAUGAACUUCUCAAAGUGUAUGAAAGAAGGAAAUCAUAUCUUUUAGAGGAGAUUCCUGAUAUUGGUGAUGAGAGAAUUUUAUGCCUUGGUUCUGGAAGUAAAAGACCUGUUCUUAAAUGGGAGAAUAACAUGGCAUGGCCUGGAAAAUUAACUCUCACUGAUAAAGCACUUUACUUUGAAGAAAUUGGUUUGAGGGGUAAACGUGAUGCCAUUAGAAUGGAUCUUACAUGUCAUGGUUGUAGGGUAGAGAAAGCUAAGGUGGGCCCAUUUGGGUCUAAUCUUUUUGAUUCAGCUGUCUCCAUUACUUCUGGCUCAAAGUCCAAAUCAUGGAUACUUGAAUUUGUUGAUUUUGGAGGUGAAAUGAGGCGAGAUGUAUGGCAUGCAUUCAUAAAAGAAGUCAUAUCUGUACACCAAUUCGUACAAGAUUUUGGACCCAAAGAAAAAGAUCAAGCGCUACACAAUGUAUAUGGUGCUAAAAAGGGUAAGACAAGGGCAACAGAUUAUGCCAUUAAUGGCAUUGCAAGACUUCAAGCUCUUCAAAUCAUUAAAAAACUCUUGGAUGAGCCUACUAAACUUGUUCAGUUCUCAUAUUUACAAAACGCACCCUAUGGUGAAAUUGUCCUACAAACUUUAGCAGUAAACUUGUGGGGUGGACAAUUGACCACAAGAUUAACAGACUCUAAUAAACCAGGUCAAGGGAUGAUGUCACCUGGUGAGGUGUCAGAAGUUUAUAGUAAUCAUGUUUAUGAUAUUGAUGGAAGUGUGUAUUUAAGGAGGUGGAUGAAGCAUCCAUCAUGGAAUUCUAGUGUUAGUAUUGCUUUUUGGAAGAAUGCUUCUGUGAAACAAGCAAUUGUGUUGAGUAAAAGUCAUGUUGUUGAUGAUAGAAAUUUGGUAGAAAAGGCGAUGAUUACAUGUAGGGAUAAAUAUCAAGUGGUUGAAAGCACACAAGCCACCAUUGAUGCUGCUAUGAUUGAAGGGAUUCCUAGUAAUAUCGAUCUUUUCAAGGAGCUUUUGCUACCUUUGACUAUGGCUGCUAAGAGCUUUGAGAAACUUAGAAGAUGGGAAGAACCAUAUUUGACUGCAUCUUUUCUUGCAUUUUCAUAUACACUCAUUUUCAGAAAUUUGUUAUGUUAUGUGUUCCCAACAUCAUUAAUGGUGUUAGCAAGUUGCAUGUUAGUAGUAAAGGGGUUAAAGGAACAAGGACGCCUUGGAAGAUAUUUUGGGAAAGUUACUAUAUGUGAUCAACCACCAUCUAAUACGAUUGAGAAGAUUAUAGCUGUGAAAGAAGCCAUGAGUGAUGUAGAAAAAUUCAUGCAAACCCUAAAUGUUUCACUUCUUAAAAUCCGUACAAUUCUUCUUGCAGGACAACCAAAGAUAACAACAGAAGUUGCUGUGGUUCUGUUUUUUGGGUCUGCUACUCUACUCAUCAUACCUUUCAAGUAUAUUCUUGCGUUUUUUACAUUUGAUCUCUUCACAAGAGAACUUGAAUUCAGGAAAGAAACAGUUAGGAGGUUCAAUAGGUUGUUGAAAGAACGUUGGGACACUGUGCCUGCUACCCCUGUAUCUGUAUUGCCAUUUAUGUCCAAAAAUGCUGCUGCUGAUCAUGCCAUGGAUGAUGAAAAGAAGGAAAGAAACAAUUUGCUGAGUUCAGAAAAAUCUCGGAAAAAACAAUAAGUUUGGUUCUGUUUCUUGUUUUAUUCUCUGAUUAAACCAGUUGAACAUUUAAGGGUUCGUUGUACAGAGUGUUUUAAAACACUGAAAUAGUAGUGUUUUAGCAUAAUCAAACAUUCAUUCA